AUGUUCAAGCCCUUCAAACCACCAGCGCUCAAGAGUGCCGCUAGACCUGUUCCAAAUGAUGAUGCUGUGCCCGAAUCCCCACCACGGCCAGCGAAGAAACGGAAACUGCUCGAACGUCGUAUUGGAGACUCCCCUCCAAAAAAAGCUGUUGCGUCGGUGUCUUCCGGUGUGCUUGCUCCGCGAAAGCCAUUAAUACCGGUCAAAAAUCCUGAAUAUUUGAAGUCCGCUUCAGAAGCUACAUCCGACCCUCCAGAGAGCUACUACCAAGUGCUUUGGCGAAAGUAUACUACGAAGAAACACAAAACUUGGGACGGAGAUGGAGUACUGUCAGUUUACGGCGGUUAUGCUCGAUUACAGGAUAUUUCGGGCCGAGAGAUGGGCAGGUGCAUGUACAAUGACCCGCUUCUCCCUGGCAGUACUUUAAGUAUUGGAGGGAAAGAUGUUGAAGUCGAUUCGCUCAUAAGCAAAGCGGACUUCCUGGCUGGGAAGCCCUUUCUCAACAAUAGUGCUCAACGAAAUUCGGUUCCUGCGGCCCCUCAGAGAGCACCUAUCGUUUUGCCAAAGGGUAAAAUGCCAUUGGUAGGCAAGAAAAAGGAAGAAGGUUUAGAGCUUGAGGAGAUCCCUGCCAAGAACUUUUAUGCCACCCAAAAGAGCGACGCCAUGAAAUCACAGUUCAAGAAUCCUCUUUUAUCAACAACUAUCAUGCCGCAGAACCAAAAUGGAUCGCCCACGCCCCGGCAUGAUCCCAAUGUCCCUGGAGCACUUGUAAUGAAGAAGCCCGCGGCUUGUCCGAAAGGAAAGCAACUUGUGGAUGUGGUCCUGGAUCCUUUCCUUGGCCGGCAUCUUCGUGAACAUCAGCGCGCGGGCAUUCAGUUCCUCUACGAAUGUGUUAUGGGACUGCGAGACUACGAUGGCCGAGGAGCCCUGCUUGCCGACGAAAUGGGGCUUGGGAAGACUCUGCAGACGAUUUGCUUGCUGUGGACACUCUUGAAGCAGAAUCCAAUUUACGGAUCGGAUCCUGUUAUCAAGAAGGCCCUGAUCGUUUGUCCCGUAACACUUAUAGAAAAUUGGAAGAAGGAGUUUAACAAGUGGCUUGGAAAUGAAAGGAUCGGUGUUUUUGUCGAAGAUGCCCAGAGCAAGAAAAGGAUCACAGACUUCACGCAUGGCAAGAGCUACAGUGUAAUGAUCAUUGGCUAUGAGAGGUUGAGGACAGUGCAAGAGGAAUUGAAGAAAGGGGCUGGAAUCGAUAUUGUUAUUGCCGAUGAGGGACAUAGGUUGAAGACUGCCCAGAACAAAUCCGCUCAGGCCAUACUCAACUUGAACACCGACAGAAGAGUCAUCCUGUCCGGAACACCGAUGCAAAAUGAUCUUUCAGAGUUCUACACCAUGGUUGACUUCAUCAACCCUGGUCUUUUGGGAAAAUACAACACUUUCAAGAAAGAAUUUGAAGGCCCAAUAUUGAAAAGCAGACAGCCAGGAGCGUCGGACAGAGAUAUUGAAAAGGGCACUGCGAGAAGCGAAGAAUUGUCAGCAUUAACGAAAGAGUUUAUCCUCCGACGCACUGCAGAUUUGCUCGCCAAGUAUUUGAAAUCCAAAACAGAAUAUGUUGUCUUCUGCAAGCCCACACAGGCCCAGGCCGAGGUGUAUCAGCAUAUCAUCAGCUCGCCCUUUUUCGGAAAAGCAUUGGGCGGAAGCGAAUCUUCACUCCAGCUCAUCACAAUCCUGAAAAAGGUCUGUAAUGCCCCUAGCUUACUUAAGAGCAAAGAGGAUGCUCCCACCAACCCAGUCGUAGCUGCACUUCUGGAUGUCAUUCCUGCAGAACUGAUGAACAAGUCCAACGUCAAAGCAAGCUCCAAGUUCAGAGUGCUUGACCAGUUGUUAAAAGGCAUCUCUCAAAAGACCCAUGAGAAGGUUGUUAUUGUCUCAAAUUAUACCUCUACCCUGGAUCUCAUCGGCCAGCAUUUGACGUCAUUGUCUCUUUCCUUCCUACGCCUCGAUGGGAAAACUCCCCAAAAGCAACGACAAGGCAUGGUCGACCAGUUUAACAGGUCAGAUGCAGGCAAGAUCUUUGCCUUUUUGCUCUCUGCAAAGUCUGGUGGGCCUCAAUCUUAUCGGUGCCUCUCGCUUGAUUCUCUUCGAUGUUGA